UCUUUUCAUCAACCUUUAUCAUUGUUUCUGUGAUGAAGAAAACAAAAUUUUUCAUAAAUGUUGGUUGAAAGAAAGGAGCUGAGUUUGUCACUCUUUUCUUAAUGUUGAAACAGAGUUUUUCUCACUCGUUUCAUAAAGGAGGAGGACAUGUUCUAGGGUGAGAAAAGCCAACACAAUCAUAAAAGAAAGGAAUGAUUUUUGAUAUGGGUUUUGUUUUUCAUUGGAUUAAUGAACGUUUUUCGACCUUUUCUUUGAUGGCUUUUCUUUGUAGGAUCAUACCAAAGACUCUCAUGUGCAAAGAAAUUACAGGAGAAACAGAAGGAGAGGUGAAACCAGUGGCCAGCAUGCAUCAAAGGAAGGCAAAGAUGUCCCGCCAUUCCGACGCUUUCAUCACAUUACUAGGUGGGUAUGGAACCUUAGAAGAGCUCUUGGAAGUCAUCACCUGGGCUCAGCUAGGAAUCCAUAAUAAACCCGUAAGCAAUCUCUACUAACAGAAAAUCACAUACACGCAA